GACGCGCAUCCCGGAAACAGCGGGGCGGAGCCGCGCGAAUCCCGGAAGCGGCGGGGCGGGUCGGCCGCAGGAAACGCGCCGAACAGCCAAGAUGCUGCUGGACCUGUCGGAGGAGCACAAGGAGCACCUGGCCUUCCUGCCGCAAGUGGACAGCUCGGUGGUGGCCGAGUUCGGGCGCAUCGCCGUGGAGUUCCUGAGGCGGGGCUCGAACCCCAAGGUCUACGAAGGCGCGGCCAGGAAGCUGGGCGUGAGCAGCCAGGCGGUGCAGCAUGGCGUGGAGGGGCUCACCUACCUGCUGGCCGAGAGCUCCAAGCUCAUGAUUUCCGAGCUGGACUUCCAGGACUCCAUCUUUGUGCUGGGGUUCCCCGAGGAGCUGAACGCGCUGCUGCUGCAGCUGUACCUGGACAGCAGGAAGGAGAUCAGGGCGGUCCUGAGCGAGCUGGCGCCCGCCCUCACCACCUACCACAGCCUCGAGUGGCGGCUGGAUGUGCAGCUGGCCAGCCGGUGCCUGAGGCAGCAGAUCCGCCCGUCGGUGACCUUGAAGCUGCACCUGACCCGGGACGGCGAGCGCAGCACCCACGUGCUGCAGAUGCACCCCGCCAUGCUGCUGGCCGUCCUGCGGCAGCUGGAGCAGGCGCUGGAGGAGAUGCGGGGCCGGCACUGCCUCCGGGCACUGCGCAGCAUCAAGUAGCCGAGACCCCGGGGGCCUGCGUGUGACCCCCAUGUGUGAUGCCCGGCGCCGGCCAUUGUCCGAUCCCUGGGGGUGAUCACAGAGACCCCCAGAGGGCCCAUGUGUGACCCCCAUGUGUGACGCCCGGCGCCAGCCAUUGUCCCAUCCCUGGGGGUGACCAGAGACCCCCAGAGGGCCUGCAUGUGACCCCCAGUACCAGCCAUUGUCCUUCCCGGCCCUCCGCCCGAUCCCUGGGGGUGACCACAGAGAUUCCCCCCGAGGGCCUGCGUGUGACCCCCGUGUAUGACCCCCCAGCGUCAGCCAUUGUCCUUCCUGGCCCUCCGCCCAAUCCCUGGGGGUGACCAAAGAUUCCCCAAGAGGGCCCGUGUGUGACCCCCAUGUAUGAUCCCCCAGCGUCAGCCAUUGUCCUUCCUGGCCCUCCGCCCUGAAAUUUUGACAAAAAUCAGAUGCUUUUUGUUUUUCAGAUCUGUAAAUAACACAUCAGCUACUUCUGUCUUCUGUAUAUGUGAAUAAUUCUGGGGUUUAACCUCUUUUAUAUUUUUCUUCCUUUUAUUCUUUUCUUCCUUAUUAACAGACCAAAACUUGAUAAUAAAAGUUGCAGUGUGA